AUACCGCAGACGUAAUGGUCCAUUGUGAGCAAGAUGUAGAACAGGAAAAGCAGAUAAACAUAGCGGACCAUGGAGAGACAGAAGGCAUUGCAGGUUUUAAAUAUGCAGAUGAACAUCUUAUUGAAGAAAAGGAGAACAGUUUAAACCAGAAGGAUCAGGAGAAAACUGAGAAUGAUGAAGAAAAAGGACUUGAAUCACAAGUUCAAGAUUUGCAGAAGAGUGAAGAUCCAGAUAACGCAGACAUAUUGGUCCAAUGUGAGUUUUAUGGACAAGAUGUAGAACAAGACAAACUGAUAAACAUGAUGGAUCAUGGAGAGACAGGAGGCUUUGGAGGUUUUAAACUUUCAGAUGAACAUCCUAUUGAUGAGAAGGAGAACAAUUUAGACCAGAAGGAUCAGAAGAAAACUGAGAAUGAUGAAGACCAAGGACUUGAAUCACAAGUUCAAGACUUGCAGAAGAGUAAAGAUCCAGAUACUGCAGACGUAAUGGUCCAAUGUGAGCAAGAUGUAGAACAAGAAAAGCAGAUAAACAUAGCGGACAGUGGAGAGACAGAAGACAUUGGAGGUUUUAAACAUUCAGAUGAACAUCUUAUUGAUGAAAUAGAGGAACAAAUUGUUGACCAGAAGGAUCGGGGGAGAACUGAGAAGGAUGAAGACCAAGGAACUGAAUCACAAGUGCAAGAUUUGCUGCCACAGCUGGAAUAUUUAAAAAAAUAUUCUGAUGAAAUUGCUUGCAUAUCUAAAAACGAGGUUGAGGAGAUGAUGCCUGAAACUAGAGAUCCGACUGAGCAGGGUAAGGAGAAGGAAACUGUACAGGACUUGGACGAAAUUGGGCAGCUUGAACAAAGCGAUGGUGACAAUGAAUAUAAAGAAGAAUGUGAUCAGAAUCAUGAGGACGAAGGGUGUGCAAUGGAGAGUGAAGAUCUGGAUAAUGCAGACGUGAUGGUCCAAUCUGAGCUUUAUGGACAAGAUGUAGAACAAGAAAUGCAGAUAAGUGGGAUGGACCAUGCGGAGAAAGAAGGCAUUGGAGGUUUUAAACAUUCAGAUGAACAUCCUAUUGAUGAAAAGGAGAACAAUUUAGACCAGAAGGAUCAGGAGAAAACUGAGAAUGAUGAAGAACAAGGACUUGAAUCACAAGUUCAAGAUUUGCAAAAGAGUGAAGAUCCAAAUAACUCAGACAUAUUGGUCCAGUCUGAGCUUUAUGGACAAGAUGUAGAACAAGACAAACUGAUAAGCAUGAUGGAUCAUGCAGAGAAAGAAGGAACUGGCGGUUUUAAACAUUCAGAUGAACAUCUUAUUGAUGAAAUAGAGGAACAAAUUGUUGACCAGAAGGAUCGGGAGAGGGCUGAGAAUGAUGAAGACCAAGGACUUGAAUCACAAGUACAAGAUUUGCAGAAGAGUGAAGAUCCAGAUAAUGCAGACAUAAUGGUCCAAUGUGAGCAAGAUGUAGAACAGGAAAAGCAGAUAAACAUAGUGGAACAUGGAGAGACAGAAGGCAUUGGAGGAUUUAAACAUUCAGAUGGACAUUCUAUUGAUGAAAAGGAGAAACAAAAUGUUGACCCUAUGGAUCAGGAGAUGACUGAGAAUGAUGAAGAACAAGGAAUUGAAUCACAAGUGCAAGAUUUGCUACCACAGCGGGAAUAUUUUACAGAGGAAGCCGAUGACCUUGCAAAGCCUGAAAUGCUGAAUUUAAUGGAAAAAUAUUCUGAUGAAAUUGAUGAAUUCUCUAAAAAAGGGGUUGAGGAGGUGAUGCUUGAAACUGAGCAGGAUGAAGACACCACAGAAAGUGAACACGACACGACUAAAUAUGAGCUAAUGGAGUCAGUAGAAACCCUGCAGAAAGUUUCCGAAGAACUAUCUGAAAAAAAAGUACCAAAUGUUGAACUGAAAAUGACCACAGUAGUGGAUGAGUUUUUUGAAACCGUUUAUACAUUAGAAGACUCCCUGCUGUCGGAUUCAAAACAGGAUACUUCAGAAAAAACUCCUGAAACAGGAACUGGGUCAUCUAUGGUGGCCAUGAAAACUGAGGGCAUGGUUUCAGAUCUAAUUGUUUGUGAGUUCCCAGGAGAAUCGAGCAAAGGGCCAGAGACUGCAUUGGCGGAGACUGAUUUGGGAUGUUUUGAGGAGAUCAAAAGUAACCUACAUGAUCCCCAAACUCUUGCAGAAGAGCAAGCAGAAAGGGAAGCUGUGGUCGUAUGCUCUGUUGAGCACUCUGAGACCCUGAAAACAGUUGAGACUGAACAAGACAUUGAAACCUUAAUCGAAUCCUUGGGUACAACAGAAAGUCAUGCACAUCAGGAAAUAGACAAAACCAAGUUCUCACACAAAGAACAUGUUGAAUUAAGAACUGAACUGAGCGAAGAAACAACUGAUACAAAGAUCAGUUCAGAAGAUGAGGAAGCAGAACCCUCCGAGAAAGAAGGUCAAUCAUUAGUCAUCAGAAAUGUCACUUUACAGUCACAUGAGCUUCUUGAGUUCAAAGAAGGUGAAUGCAAAUCAUCUCUAGGAACAAUGGACACAUUCAGUGAAUCACUAGGAAAUUCAAGUGUGUCUGAAAUCGCUGAAAAUGCAGAGAUUGAACAUGUUGCAGAGGAGCAAACAGAUGUGAAACCUGUAUUAACAAGGUCUUUAAGUUCAGCCGGGUUUCUGGAGGAAACUGUACAUCUGCAGGAUGUAUCAGAGCGACGCACCGAAGAGCAGGAGAUCCUGGAGACUGCUUUAGAGUAUGUAGAAGGAAUAACAAAUCAAGUCUUGAAGGAUAUGAUAGAAACAGAAGUUAACUUAGUACAAGAAACAGAACCUUUGGCAGGACCUUCAUCAGAAGAACCUGGUGAUGCAGAAUAUCAGGGACCUGCACAAUGUGUGUCAGCUGAUGCCUUUGUCCUGGAAGAAGAAGGGAAGUUAUUGGGUGAGACAAUGGAAAGUAAGGUAGAAAUGGAGGUGGAAACCACAAGUAGUGAAGUUCUUAAACAAACUGAGCAACAUAUUAGUUCACCAGUGUGUGAAACGACUGAAGCUGAUGGAUGUCGUGAUAUUGCUGGAGCAACAGUGUUGAGUAGUCAUGAAGACUUAAUGGAAGUCAGCAGACCUGGGAUGAAAAGAGGAUUUGAUCAAGUGAACAAAGACCUUGCAGAGGUGAAGACGGAACGAAAAUUUGAUUUGUAUCUACAGGCAUUUGAGGAAUCAUCAUUGGACUUUACCAUUCAGAAGACUCGAAUUGCUGUGAAAAAUCCCCUAGUUCGGCCUCCUAAAGACCCCAGAAGGCUCCUCUUCAAGGCCUCAGUCGAACCUCUUGUCUCACAGCCUUCACCGCGUAGUCAGAAGGUUGAAGUCUCUGUUCCAAGUAAAGGGGUGACUGGAUUUAAACUUCCAGGACUGGGUGCAGAGCUGCCAGUACUGAGAAAAACUGAGUUUGGGAAGAAAACAAGAGAAGGAGGAGCAGCAGAGAGAACACUACAACCACAGCAAAAGUCAGUUGCAGUAACAGAGGAUUCUGUCAAACAAGAGCAAGCGCCAGUGCCAGUGCCAGCUAAACCCAAAUGGACACCGCCAAAGCAUCCUGGUAUGGGAAGUCCCUUCAUGAUGGCAGAACUCAAAAGCAAACUCAAAAAGCCUGUUCAGGAGUAAUAUAUUUCAUUUCAUCAUCAUUUUCAGAUGCCUCAUUCACCUGUUUUUAUUUGUCUUAUUCAAGCUCAUUGCAGCCUGGUAAAUAUUAUGGAAAGUUAUCCCACUGUUAUUCUAAAAUUGUAUUUUACUUCCGCUAUUUUGUUUGCUUCUAUCGAAGAAUCUAAGCUGUGAACAAACAUUUCUCAUGCAUUUUUCUUAAGACUGAUUAUUUAUUUAUAUUUGAAAAAACUAUAAGGAAAAUGAUUACAUGCUAAAUAUCAAUAAAUAUUUCUGCACUUUUCUGCAGCACUUAAACUUUCUGUGACUGUAGUUCAAACUGUCCUAGUCAGUGUUUAUCACCAGGAGGCAGCAGAGAGACACUGCUUGUCACUUAUACCACAUUUAGUACAAUUUUAGUUAUUGUUAUAAUGUAUGUUUCUUUUUCUUGUCAUUACUUUCUAUGUGUAUAAUUAUUUUGGCAAUAUUGUAUGUAAACAGUCAUGGCAAUAAAGUACUUUAAAUUGAA